AUGACCAGCACGCUGAAGAACUACGUUACGGUAUCGUCCGACAGAAGCGUGAUCCUGCAAAACGCGGGCUGGGAACCACAUAAUAAUCCGAACGGAUAUUUCAAUUUCUGCGUACCGCUCAACUUGUUACUGGGAUUUUGCGAAGAUUACAAACGCGUGGUGAUCAACGCUCGUCACGAAUUGAUCUUGAUACGAGCGCGCAACGACAACAAUUCCCUUGUGGGAAGUCUCGCGUUGGAGCCUACUAUCAAAAUACUCAAGAUACAAUGGCGAAUGCCUCACGUGGUAUUGAACGAGAUCAACAAGCUGUCGAUGCUGCGCGCCUUGGAAGACGGACGAUAUCUAAGUAUGGGUUUCCGUUCGUGGGAUCUGUACGAGUAUCCCCUGUUGCAGAACACGACCAAGCACUCGUGGGCCAUUAAAACCGCGACUCAGCUCGAGAAACCGCAAUACGUCGUCUUCGCUCUGCAGACGGGUCGGAAGAAUGUCAUGUCCGCCGACACAAGCCGAUUCGACGACUGCAACUUGACCAACGUAAAACUCUAUCUAAACUCGGAAGUUUAUCCGUACGACGAUCUGAAUUUGGACUUUGGCAAACACAGAUGGGCGAUUCUGUACGAUAUGUAUGCACGUUUCUGCAAGGGCUACUACGGAUACGAAUAUCUCGAGCCGAGUCUCACCGUUUCGAAUUUUCUACGUAACGGCCCGUUCGUGAUCAUCGAUUGCUCCCGCCAAUACGAAUCCGUCAAAAACGCCACCGUGGAUGUCAGAAUAGAAUUUGACUGCAUGGAGAACGUACCGCCGAAUACCUCCGCGUACUGUCUCAUCAUACACGACCGCGUGAUUGAGUACAACCCGUUGACGAACGUGGUGCGCAAAAUAGUCUGA